GCGGCGCGUCCCGAGACCGCGCAGGCGGCGGAGGCUGCGUGAUGGGUCUCCGUGCGGGAGGAGCCCUGGCUAGAGCCGGAGCUGGCCGGGGGGCGCCCGAGGGAGCUGGGCAGAGCGGCGGCGCGCAGGGCGGCAGCAUCCACUCGGGCUGUAUCACCGCGGUGCACAACGUGCCUCUCAGCGUGCUCAUCCGGCCGCUGCCGUCUGUGUUGGACCCAGCCAAGGUGCAGAGCCUCGUGGACACGAUUCGGGAGGAUCCAGACAGCGUGCCCCCCAUCGACGUCCUCUGGAUCAAAGGGGCUCAGGGUGGUGACUACUUCUACUCCUUUGGGGGCUGCCACCGCUAUGCGGCCUACCAGCAGCUGCAGCGAGAGACCAUCCCUGCCAAGCUUGUCCAGUCCACCCUCUCGGACUUAAGGGUGUACCUGGGUGCUUCCACGCCAGACUUGCAGUAACAGCCUCCUUGGCACCUACCACCACUGCCACGAACCCAGAAGACACACCUGGCCUCCAGUGGGCUGAGCCAUGCAAAGGUGUAGCAGGGGUGCAUUCUCUUUGUGCCUGGGGGGCAGGUCUAACUUGAAGCACCCUCUUUCUUAGCUGCAAGACCUUGGACUCAUGACUGAACAGUGUGGGAGCCCCACUUCCCACCUCGGGGAAAAUGGGUCGUGUGUUUGCUCUUGAGGGAUUAUUGAGAGGGUGAAAUGAGAAAGGAGAUGGGUUUGGAGAGCCACCUGCUGCUGGCUCCAGAUUCCCAAGGACAAGGAUCCUUUUGCAUUUCUGUCUCUAUAUAUCAUAUCAUGUGAAUACAUUCAUUUGCAAGUAAAGGAAAGCCUAGGUUCCAGUGGCUUAAACACAAAGAAGUUUGUUUUUCCACAUAGCAUGAAUUCUGGAGACAGUUGGCUAAUGGUAUUGGUUUAACAACUCAGCAAAGUUAUGGCACACGUCUCUGUGAUCCUUUCGGCCUUUCCCACAUUGCAUGUCACUUCAUGGUCACAGGAUGGCUGCUGUACCUCCAGCAAUCAUGACUGUGUUCAAGGAAGAACGGAGUUGGGGAGGAAGAAGGGCCCAGCCAGCUGGAACUGUCAACUUCUAUCAUAAAUUCAGACCUUUUUCAGAGACCUGUUUCCUGCUCUCUUCCCCUGUGUAUUUCUACUUAGAUCUCCUUGGCCCAAACCAGGUACAGUUGCCACCCCUAGCUGCAAAGAAAGCUAAGACAGCAGGAACAUAGCUGUCACAGUUUAGUAAAUCAAUCAUAGCCCAUCUCCUAGAACUGGCACACUGCCUCCUAAAUAAUAUUGGAAUCCCAUUAACAAGAGAGAAGUGAGGAAUUGUGUAUCAGUUAGCCGUUGCUGUGCAACAAACCAUUCCAGAACUUGGCAGCUAAAAACAAGUUGUUUAUUUGCCUAAAAUUCUUUGGGUUAGCAAUUUGGGCUGGGCUCAUCUGGGCAGUUCUGCUGAUCUUGCUUAGGGCCACUCAUGGGGUUGUAUGCAAUCAGCUAUCACCCCAGAUGGGGCUGGAUGGUCUCAGAUAGCCUGACUCACUCGUCUGGCAGUAGGUAGGCUAUUGGCUGGGUGACUUGGUUCUCCUCCAUGUGUCCUCUCCAGCAGGUUAAUUCAGGCUUAUUUUCAUGAUAUCAUCAGGGCUCAAAGAGAG